GGAGGAUCAGUGGUGAAAAACUACAACGGGCAGUUCGUCAGAGGAACUCAGGUCUCAAGAACAGGAUUGUUCUUCGUUUCGGAGAGAAAAUGGUGGAUUAUAAAGUGACUGUAUCCACUGGUACACGCGUCUUUGCCGGAACUAAACACCACAUCCAUAUUAAGCUGGUGGGCACAGAUGGGGAAAGUAAACGCAAAAGGCUCAGAAGCAUCGCCGUGCCAUUACCUUUCAGUCGUAAACAAGUAUCCACUUUUACUGUGUCCUGUCCUGUCUCUAUUGGAAAGCUGAUUCUGAUAGAGCUCGAUAAAGAGAUUGUACUGGUCGUUGAAGACGAUUGGUUCGUUGCCAAGGUUGAAGUGGAGUCUCCUGAUGGAGAAACGUACAACUUUCCCAUCUACCGCUGGAUCACAGACAGCGAGGUGCAACGCUUCAGAGAAGGAACAGCUCUGAGAGUGUUUGAAGACAGCCAUCCUCUUGGCAGGUACAGUCGGGAGCAGGAGCUGAAACAGCGAGGGAAAGACUAUCGCUGGGAUGUGUAUGCAGAGGGAAUACCCCACAACAUGAAGGCAAAAAAUGCUCUUUCUCUGCCUCCUGAGGUCCGCUUCUCCUUCAACAAGACCAUAGAGUUUGGAUUCACAGCAGCUGCUGCGCUGGCUGAGUUGAAAUUAAAGGGCAUCGCUGACUCCAAGGACAACUGGACUGAUAUUGAUCAUAUCAAUCGUGUGUUCCGCAACAAGGACACUGACAUAUCAAAAUAUGUCCAGGAACAUUGGAAGGAGGAUGCCUUUUUUGGCUACCAGUACCUAAAUGGUGUCAACCCCAUUUUGAUCCGACGUUGUACAGCUCUGCCUGAAAACCUUCCUGUCACUGAUGAGAUGCUCUUCCCUGAUGGUCAGAGUAGUUUGGCAGAUGAAAUGAAGAAUGGCAACAUCUUCCUGUUAGACUACAGACGUUUGGAUGGAGUGAAAGCAAACAUGGUCCAUGGGAAGCAGCAGUACCUGAUGGCUCCCCUUGUCCUGCUCCAGAAAACACCUGAUGAUAAGCUGAUGCCGAUUGCUAUUCAGCUGAAGCAGAAUCCAGCAGAGGACAACCCCAUCUUCCUUCCUACUGACUCUGAGUACGACUGGUUAACAGCCAAGAUGUUUGUGAGAAGUGCAGAUUUCAGCGAGCAUCAACUAAAUGUUCAUCUGCUGCGCACUCAUCUGCUGGCUGAGGUUUUUGCUGUGUCACUGCUGCGCAACUUGCCCAUGGUGCAUCCACUCUACAAGCUCCUCGUACGUCACACUCGCUACACUCUGCAGAUCAACUUACUGGCUCGAAAUGUUCUAAUAUCGAAAGAAGGGUUUUUUGAUGAGCAUGUAGCUUCUGGCGGUGAGGCUCUGUUCGAAAUCCUGCAGAGAUCCACGUCCUCAAUGACCUACAAGUCUCUCUGCAUGCCGGACGACAUUGCUGAGCGUGGGAUGGAGGAUGUGCCGAACUACCACUACAGGGAUGACGGACGCAAGCUUUGGGAUAUCAUCAACAGGUUUGUGGAGGGAGUGCUCAGCUUCUACUACAAGAGUGAUGAUGAGGUCAAGCAAGACUCAGAACUACAGAAGUGGAUUUCUGACAUUUUUGAACAUGGAUUCCUUUCCCAAGAAAGCACAGGAAUUCCAAAGGGCUUAAGCUCUGUGGCUGAGUUGGUGAAGUUUGUCACCAUGGUGCUCUUCACUUGCUCAGCACAGCACUCAAGUGUGAACGGUGGACAGUUUGACUAUGGUGGCUGGAUGCCCAACACUCCCAUCACUCUGCAACUUCCCCCACCAAUCACAAAGGGGAAAACAAGCGAGGCCACAAUGCUGAACACACUGCCUGACAUCGGUACAUCAGCUAAUGGAAUGGCCGUCUUGUGGCUACUCGGCAAGCCUCCGUUUGACUCUGUCUGUCUUCGCGAGUUCCCAGAGGAGCAUUUCAGUGAGGAGAUUCCCUGUCAGCUGAUAAAGGAUUAUCAAGGAGAGCUUAAAGUGUUAAGUGCAGACAUCAUAGCCAGAAACAUUGGUCUGGAUAUCCCAUACACAUACAUGGAUCCAGAGGUGAUGGAAAACAGUGUGGCCACAUAAUUAUCAUAAUGUGAGACCCUUAGCUAUCUGCUACAUUUCGCUUAAUAUUAGCGGAGAGAAAGGGAAUAAAUUAAUAUUCAGUUUUUAAGUAUAUAUGCUAAUCUGUGAUUUAUAUAGCAUAUUCAAGUUAAGUGUUUUUUAAGUUUUAAAUCAGAAUAAAAACGUUUUGGGCAUCUCUAAUAAUCGAGAUACAGAGGGAUCCUUUUUGAGCCUGUUUGUUUUAUGCCAAUAGGUUUACAGAAUAUAAUUAUAUUUUUGUGAAAAAAUACCAGCAUGGUGCAUAUGCGAAAAAUUGCAAAUACCCCUUUAAAAAUCACAACAUAGCCCAAGUUCCAAGAAAAUUUGAUCAGCAUAUUCUCUGGAUUGAUUAUCUCUUAACUUUUAAUGAUUUUUCUCUAUAAUCUACAAUUUCUUCAUAUUCUAGAAAUGUGUUCCAAUUUUGCUUUGUUGUAGAGUGAAUUGUCAAGUUUGUGUCAGACUUUCUGCAUGUAAUACCUCCUUUGAAUUGUAUUAACUAUCACUAAGUAUUUUAAACUGACCACAUUUAAUCCAAAUAAAGUUUGCUUAUUCUACAAUA